AUGAUGGCAUCAUAUCUGAGGCAAAAGAAAGAUCCUUACUUUGUUGAUGGAGAAAGAAAAAAGGACUGGCAUAACAAAGAAGCCAUAAGGAGAGACUCCGAACGUGUAGGAAAUGGAGAACAGGGAAAACCGUAUCCAAUGACUGAUGCAGAGCGAGUGGACCAGGCAUACAGGGAAAAUGGCUUUAAUAUCUUUGUGAGUGAUAAAAUUUCUCUGAAUCGUUCCCUUCCAGACAUCAGACAUCCAAACUGCAAGAAUAAACUGUACCUGGAGAAACUUCCAAACACUAGUGUGAUAAUACCGUUCCACAAUGAAGGAUGGUCCUCUCUCCUCCGGACAGUGCACAGUGUCUUAAACCGCUCCCCUCCUGAGCUGAUAGCAGAGAUAGUGCUGGUGGAUGACUUCAGUGACAGAGAACACUUGAAGAAACCACUGGAAGAUUAUAUGGCCCAGUUCCCAAAAGUAAGAAUUAUCCGAACCAAAAAGAGAGAAGGGCUAAUAAGAACUCGAAUGCUUGGGGCCUCUGUGGCAAUAGGAGAUGUCAUCACUUUCUUGGAUUCCCAUUGCGAGGCCAACGUGAACUGGCUGCCACCUCUGUUAGAUCGUAUUGCCCGAAACCGCAAGACUAUCGUUUGUCCCAUGAUAGAUGUUAUCGAUCACGACCACUUUGGAUAUGAGACUCAGGCUGGAGAUGCAAUGCGUGGUGCAUUUGACUGGGAGAUGUAUUACAAGAGAAUCCCUAUCCCUCCUGAGCUGCAGAAACCUGAUCCCAGUGAUCCCUUUGAGUCUCCUGUAAUGGCUGGAGGACUGUUUGCAGUCGAUAGAAAGUGGUUCUGGGAGCUGGGAGGGUAUGAUGCAGGUCUGGAGAUAUGGGGAGGAGAACAGUAUGAAAUAUCCUUUAAGGUAUGGAUGUGUGGGGGUCGCAUGGAGGACAUCCCUUGCUCUAGGGUGGGCCAUAUCUACAGAAAAUAUGUUCCAUACAAAGUUCCAACAGGAGUCAGCCUGGCAAGAAACUUGAAGCGUGUGGCCGAAGUGUGGAUGGACGAAUACGCGGAGUACAUAUACCAGCGUAGACCAGAGUACCGGCAUCUUUCUGCAGGGGAUGUGGCAGCUCAGAAGGAACUUCGCAACAACCUCAACUGCAAGACCUUCAAAUGGUUCAUGAAUGAGGUCGCGUGGGACUUGCCAAAGUUUUACCCACCAGUGGAGCCUCCAGCAGCUGCUUGGGGAGAGAUACGCAAUGUAGGAACUGGAUUGUGUGUGGAUACUAAGCACGGAGCCCUGGGAUCCCCACUGAGGCUGGAAAGCUGUGUGAAGGACAGAGGAGAGGCAGCAUGGAACAAUGUGCAGAUAUUCACCUUCAGCUGGAGAGAAGACAUCCGUCCUGGGGAUCCUCAGCAUACCAAGAAGUUUUGUUUUGAUGCCAUUUCCCACAGCAGCCCUGUGACCCUCUAUGACUGUCAUGGAAUGAAGGGGAACCAGCUCUGGAGAUACAGAAAAGACAAGACCCUCUACCAUCCAGUAAGCAGCAGCUGUAUGGACUGCAGUGAGAGUGACCGAAAGAUCUUUAUGAAUAGCUGCAAUCCUUCAUCUCCAACACAGCAGUGGAUAUUUGAACACACAAACUCAACUGUCUUGGAAACAUUUAACAGAAAUCUUGAUCUUUAAAAGA